AUGCCCAAGUCACUGCAGAAGGUGCAAAAGCACAUCUCCAAGAAGCGGGGGGCCGUCGAUGCUCUCCACGAGAACAGCAGGGACGCAAAGUUGCUGCGGAGGGCUGGUAUUAGAGAUGAUCGGGUCGCUCGUAUUUCCGCCACCAUGGCAAGGGGAAGACAGUCGCACGUGGACCGCAUCAGGUACUUUAGAGAAUCAAUCUCGGAGGAGACGGUAUCGUUCUCUGAUAAUGACAUGGCGGAUCUAGUGACAAGGUUUAUUAAUCGCAGCGUUCCCGAGAUUGAACAACUUCAGAGUGAGAGGAGGAAAGGUCGACCGCCCAGCAAGAGGGAAGAGGCGCUUCUCCAACGGACAGAUGCCGAAAAUAAAGAAUUCAAGACAGGCUUUUGGAUGCCUGAUCUGAGCCAGGAGGAUGUGGUCAAGGCCUUGUCCAAGUGGAAUGAAAAUUGGUCCGGUCUUAGCUCCAUGAAGUUCAUCCGCCUUACAAAAGAUGGCGGAAAACAAGCAUCAAGCUUUCCACCGAAGGGACUGUCAUGA